UCACGAGCAUGGAGGGGACCUCUCUUGUCUACGGCGCGCGGGAGUCCGGGUCCGCCGCGACCCCACUGCGGUCCCGCCACCCUCCUCCUUCGCCGCCGGUUCUGGAGGAGGGCCCGCCGCCUCUGCCCCCGCUGGCCGAGGUGGGCACCCCGGGCUGCUCGGGCUCCCGGCCCCCGGAGCUGGAGCCCGAGCGCAGCCUAGACGGCUCGAGCGGGAACUACGUCGACGAAGAAGAAGAGGAGGAUGAGGAGCUGGAGGAAGACGAGGACGAGGACGAGGAGGAAGAAGGGAGUCGCUUCCCGCUGGGGCUGGAUGGCAACCGGCUAGACUCGGAGGACGAGGAGGAGCGUAUGAUUAGUCUCUCUGAGUUGACCCCCUACAUCUUGUGUUCAAUCUGCAAAGGAUACUUAAUAGAUGCUACAACCAUUACAGAAUGUCUUCACACAUUUUGUAAAAGCUGCAUCGUAAGACAUUUUUACUAUAGCAACAGAUGUCCAAAAUGCAACAUAGUAGUCCAUCAGACACAACCUCUUUAUAACAUCAGGUUGGAUCGACAAUUACAAGACAUAGUAUACAAAUUAGUGAUCAAUCUAGAAGAAAGAGAGAAAAAACAAAUGCAUGAUUUUUACAAAGAAAGAGGUCUAGAAGUACCAAAACCUGCUGUCCCUCAACCAGUCCCUGUGAGCAGGGGAAGACCUAGGAAAGUUCUGGGGUCAGUGUUUCGUAUUCCACCAGAACUUGAUAUGUCUUUAUUACUGGAGUUCAUUGGUGCUAAUGAAGGCACAGGACAUUUUAAGCCACUGGAAAAGAAGUUUGUUCGUGUUUCAGGAGAAGCAACUAUCGGACAUGUUGAAAAGUUUCUCAGAAGAAAAAUGGGUCUCAAUCCAGCUUGUCAGGUAGAUAUAAUAUGUGGCGAUCACCUAUUGGAACAGUAUCAGACACUAAAGGAAAUUCGCCGUGCUAUAGGUGAUGGAGCAAUGCAGGAUGGUUUACUUGUACUUCAUUAUGGCCUUGUGGUUUCUCCACUGACAAUAACUUGAAUAUUCCAGAGCUAUAGAAAAGCAGCAUCCUCAUCUCACCAAAGACUGUCAUCGUAUGUCUGGUUACCACCACUUUAUGCAAUAUGUUUCAUUUUCAGCCGUAAGAACCUUAGCAUUUAAAAGUAUAAAACUAGAAAUGAUGACAUACUUUUAUUUGGCCAGUGACAGUUUAAAAGGUAGUACAAGCCUCAGGGAAAGGAAAUCAUUUAGAAACACUGAAUUCUAAAAUUCUUUAUGAUUUCACACUUUAUCUUUGAUUUGCUUGCUCUUCUCUGAAGCAAAUCAGCUCCUGUUCUCUUCUAGAGCCAUAUCUCUUUACAGUAGGCAAUUGAGAUUCAGCUGUCAGGGAUGGGAUUUGAUAGAUAGUCAUCCUUUUGGAAAAGUGAUGUAUACUUUUGAACUAAAGAUAAAAGUCAUGGCUUUAUUUUUAAAACCACAGGACAAACUUUCUGAUCUUUGUGAAGACCAAAAGUAUUAAGCUACAAUUUGCAGAUUUCUAGUAUUUUUUGAGCAUGUAUUUUUAUACCAGCAGUAAUACUAAAGAGCUCUUGUUUUCUCUGGAGGUGGUGAAUCAGUUCCUUCUAUGUAGGCAGAAUGUCUUCCCAUAGGGCAGUCUUGUCCAGCACAAUGUGCCUCUAGUGUAGUUUGACUUCCCUAGCACAGCUUAUAAGAGGUGCCUCUUUGAUGUUUUUAUUCUUAAAAUAGUUCAUUUUGCAACAUGCGUUGUAUUUGAGUGGUUUGUAUGUUUUUAGAGACCUCUUAGCCCUGAAAGUAUGUUCCUGAAAGUAUGAUCAGGACUAUUUAAGUAGACUUAGAAUCCUGGAAAUAACUUGUUAAUUCAGUCUUUCCUUAUUUUGUCAGACUUGUUUUCCCAUUGUUUCUUCACCAUGUUUAAAGGAUGUAGUGUUUAUGAGCUCAUUCACUUGCAUGUUAGGCCUUAAAAUUUAAAAUUUAAACAAUUCUUUUGCCAAUAAAGAUAGUUUGAAAUAACAAGCCUGUUUACUCAAGUUAAUAUAUUACAAUGCUUCCUGAAAGGUUAAAAAUUAUUUUGUGGUUCAGAUUUUGAAACUUAUUUUGAAAGUUUGUAUGGCAACAGUUACAAGGUUGGAUAAGUCAAGGAGAAUGCUUUGUAAACAGUUUGUGAAUUGUGUAAAUGAUAACAUAUUGUAACAAUUAAAUAAAAAUUUAUUUUAGUCUAUUUUUAAA